AACAUGGUUUCUUCUUAUUUAGUAAUCUUGGCUGUGUUAUUGUUUCCUCUCAUAUUUUCAAGUCAAUUCAGCUUGACUGUUUCAAUUUAAUUCAGCUUGACAAGUCUGUCCAUUUCCCCCACAAAAUCAUUUGUUCCAGUUUUUUCUAAUAUCUCUUACCGUUGGUUUGAGGGCUGAGGAUGACGAGGAAGACGAGGAUGGUGAUGAUGGUGCUGAAAAUGGCGGACUUGCUGCAAAAAAUUAUAAGGCAGAAGAAAUAUUUAAGGGCAAAGUUUGGUGAUGUUGAUGCUGAAAUGGCUGAUGAUGACAAGGAUAAUGAGGAGGAUAAAAGGACGACAUGGGGUGGAAAAAAGGGCCAAUAUCACGGUGGUGACAAUGCUGACUUUGAGAUCCAAUCAAGUGAUGACGAGGCCCUUGUUUUGGAGGAGGCAGAAGGGAUAAGAUUACAGAAGGAAGCUCUAGCAUCCUAUACUGCAGCAGAUAUGGGCUUGGAAGAUGAUGAUAGCGAACAAGAGACCGACAGAGAAUUAACCUUGGAGGAAAUGAAUCUGAAAGGUAAGCAUUCAUCAAAAUCCAUCACAGAUAAGGAACAAAAGGAUGAUGUGUAUACGACUUUCGAAGAGGUCAAGAAAGACAUCAAUGCUUUGACAAAGGAGGCGCAAAUGGAUGUAGUAUAUUGCUCUGCUCCAGAAUUAGUUGGUCUUUUGUCAGAGUUGAAUGAUGCAGUUCAACAGCUCGAGAAUGAGAUAAAUCCUGUUAGGAGAUUAAUAGAAGGUGAAAUUGCAUUGGAUGGUGGAAUCAGAUACCUUGAGGUGAAGCAACUUCUAAUGUUGGCCUAUUGCCGAGCUAUAACAUUUUAUCUUCUUCUAAAAUCCGAGGGGCAGCCUGAUCGUGACCAUCCGGUCAUUGCCCGUCUUGUAGAGAUCAAAGCCUUAUUGGAUAAGAUCAAAGAACUAGAUGGAAAUUUGCCUCCGGAUUUCAUGGAGAUUUUGAAGAAAGGCAUUGCUACUGGAACAAUGGGGAGGGCCAUGAAAGAAACUGCUCACACUGCAUUAGUGUCUCUAUAGAAUGAUCGCGUUCUAACUUCUGUUUCUGCUCCAGUAAAAAAUGAUGCAUUGACUGAAGACAAAAAGGAAAAACGAGAGAAGCGCAAGCGCCAGACUGCUCAAGUUGAUUUUCAAAGCGAGGAAAUGUUAAGACUUCAAGCAGCACUCGAGGAGAAGCUGAAAAACAAAGGUGCCUUGGGUUCCACCAUUUCAAAGCCUGAUAAAGCUCAGAAGCCUUUGAAAUUGGCGAAUGGGAAGCUGGAAACAUUUGAUGAUUAUGUAGAUGAUGCAGACAAUGACGAGGAUGACUCUCAUGGUUUAAUGUCUAAUAUGGUCUCACAGAUUGUCUCUGCUAAACGGAAGCCCAAGAUUGUCUCUGGUGAUGGUGAUUUACCAAAGAGGGAUGAUAUUGGAGAACGACGUAGGAAGUUUGAGCUGAGAGUGUUGGCUGGGGCUGGUGUAAAGUCCGAGGACGGUGGUGGAGAUGAACCUAUGACCGAUACAUCGGAAGAUGAUGAUGAUGGAGAUGAUUUGUAUGAACAAGCCAAGCGGCGACGAGAGGCAAAACUAGCUGCAAAAGCAGAGAUGUCUGCAAGGCCAAUGUCUGCCAACCCGUCAUCGUUUGCCGGAAACCGUGGAUGGAAAGCGAGUGAUUUCAUACCAGAUGGAGAAGAACAAAGGACUGACACGAAAACGCAACAAGGAUCUCAAAAACCCGAGAAAGAAGUACAGGAAAAAGCACGAGCAAAAGGCAAAGAGAAGAAAAGGACAGGUGCGGGAGGUGAGGAAGCCGUCGGGGCCAUAUGGAGGAGAAACCACUGGUAUCAACAAAGGCAUCAGCCGCAGCAUCAGAUUCUAACUCCUAUUUUUCCUUUUUGGAGUAAUACAUAAUCUGUUGUUAUCUUCUUCUGGUCCUUCUUUUGUUGCCGCGGUUGUGUAUGCUCUUCAAACUAAAUCAAUUUUGUGUCUUCAAUUUUCAACAUUGACACUAAAUUUGGCUUCUGAAUCUCUUGACGAUUGGAGUUCAGACGAAUAUUAAUCUCAAACUGCAA